CUGCACAACUUCUCCAUCUCCUUCUUCUCCUCCUUACUGGGGGCGGACGUGGUGUCGGUCAAGCUAGACAACAGCGCGUCCGGGGCCAGUGUGGUCGCCAUCGACAACAAGAUCGAACAGGCCAUGGACCUGGUUAAGAAUCACCUGAUGUUCGCGGUGCGGGAGGAGGUGGAAGUGCUCAAGGAGCAGAUCAAAGAACUAGCCGAGAAGAACUGCCGCCUGGAGCGGGAGAACCACUUGCUGAAGAACCUGGCUAGCCCCGAGCAGCUGCAGAAGUUCCGCUCCCACCUGCCCUGCCUGGAGGCUCCAGGGACCCCCGAGAUGAAGACGUCUACCAGGACGAGCCAAGGAGCGGCUGCCCCGGCCCAACACAGGGCGAGCUCUGCGGUGUAAGGUGGCUCUGUCCAUGGGGUGGGCAGAGCCACGGAACUCUUACAACUUGAUCUCCAAGCGAAUGUGGUUUCCUGGCAUCUCCUUUGGAGGACUCCAGAGGGGGCCCUUCACCUGCGGGCCCCUUCCUUGGGUUGGCCCAGAGACUCUCCCGAGAGAGAAAAAAAAAGGAGCAAGGCUGUAUUGGAGUUGCUAAUGGGCCCCGGGGCUGCUCCUGCAGGAGGCCCCGGGUUGGCUUCCCCACGAGAGCGCCCCUAGAGGAGAGACUCUGCUAAAGGUGGGGGGGCAAAGACAGCUGGUUUACAAGAACCCCCACUGGAGGUUUUCUUCAAGCAGCGCAGAGGAAAGGCAGCCCCCCCCCCACCUCUCCUGGGAUAGGAACAGGAGCUCCUGGUGGGCUGGCUUGUGCCUCACUGGCCCUCUCACUCCCAGACCGCCUGAGCAGGCUUUUGACAAGCUAGAAUGAGUAUUGUAAGCCAGGAGGGUCUUCUCCUGCUGGGGUGUGUCCACUGACUUUUGUAUACUGACGACAGCUCUCCCCUGUGUGUGGGGGGACACUUUAUCGAUGUUCCCUGCAGCCCCUGGAUCUGUUGAUGGGCACCAAAAGAGGAUCACCAGGGGGAGCUAGAGGAGGUGGGCUCUCACAUCCCACCUGGAGUGGGGGAAGCUUGCUUAUGUAGUGCACCCUGAGGAUGGGUGCAUAGUGAGAUAACGCAAUAAAUUUUGUUGUAUACACCUG